AUGUCACUAGUGGGGUAUUUUGAGGUUUGCUUAGCAGUCCUAUGGUUUCUUUGUCUUUGGGGUUUUUGGAAUUACAACUUGCUUGUUAUUAACUGGCCACUGCUCGGUAUGCUGCCAACACUUCUGUUUAAAAUUGGACAGAUUCACGAUUAUUGCACUGAGGUUUUGAGGAAAACUAAGGACCGUACUUUUAGGUUCAUAGGUCCCUGGUUUGUAAACAUGGAAAUGCUGGCAACUGUUGAUCCUGCCAAUGUGCACUAUAUCAUGAGUGCCAAUUUUCAGAAUUUCCCAAAGGGGCCUAAAUUUAAAGAAUUUUUUGAUGUUUUGGGAGACGGGAUUUUUAAUACGGACGGUGAAUCAUGGAAGAAUCAGAGAAAAUCCAUGCACACAUUGAUUAAUCAUCCGCGUUUUCAUCGAUUUAUGGUGAAAACAAUACACGAAAAGGUGGAAAAAGGCCUAAUCCCAGUCCUUGAAAUUGUAUGCAAGAAUAGCCAAGUGAUUGAUUUGCAGGAUUUGUUCAAAAGAUUAACAUUUGAUACAACAUGCAUUUUGGUCACAGGUUAUGAUCCUGGAUGUUUAUCAAUUGAAUUUCCUGAUGUUCCAUUUUCAAAAGCCAUGGAUGAUGCUGAAGAAGCCAUUUUCACGAGACACGUUUUGCCAGAAACCCUAUGGACAUUUCAAAGGAAAAUGGGGUUUGGCUCAGCACAAAAAUUGAUGAAAGCUUGGGAAGUCUUGGACAGUAUCAUAGGAAAAUACAUAUCAAUGAAAAGGGAUGAAAUGAAAUCAAGAAAUGAUGAAAAUUGUGCUGCUGAUUUGCUUUCAUCUUACAUCAGUACUGAAGAGAUUGAGAAUCAAAGUUUGAAAAGAGACAAUAAGUUCUUGAGGGACACCAUACUGAAUUUAAUGAUUGCAGGGCGAGACACGACUAGCUCAGGCCUCACGUGGUUUCUGUGGCUCGCUUCAACCCAUCCAGAAGUGGAAAGAAAGAUCAGAGACGAGCUCAGGUCAGCUAUACCAGUAGAAGAAGCAGAAAAAGGGAGAAUUUUUCAAGUUCAAGAACUUGGCAAGCUGGUUUACAUGCAUGCCGCAAUCUGUGAAUCCUUAAGGCUGUAUCCACCAGUUCCAUUUCAGCACAAGGAGCCUCUACAGGCAGACAUCCUUCCAAGUGGCCAUUUUGUUCAUCCAAAAAUGAAGGUGAUGUUCUCUUUGUAUGCAAUGGGGAGAAUGGAGACAAUUUGGGGAAAGGAUUGCCUCGAAUUCAAGCCCGAGAGGUGGAUUUCUGAGCGCGGGACGAUCAAGCAUGAGCCCUCCUACAAGUUCUUGGCAUUCAAUGNAGUUGUAUUUGUUCAUGCUAGGCUGGUUGGAGGCCACAAUGCCAAGCUCAACACAAGAUGUUAUUAUAAAUUAGAGUGGUACAUAUACGAGAGCUUUUGCUACUAA